AUGGGACUGCGAUUGCCGAUUGGGGCGUGGCUUUCACGUACCGAGGCCCACCACAACGGGCAAUACGCUCUAAGGCGCAUUGAGCUCGCCCAUGGUUUUAUCUCUCGCGCCAAGUGUCGAUCCUCCUUCGCCACCUCUCACCAAGUUACAGAGGCACUAAAAUGGCGUCUUUCUUCAGUCCCGUGUACAUAUGCUGUGGUGGUUUCUUCUACAAAUUGCUCUGCUUCUGCGUCUUCUGGGUUUGCAUUCUAA